AUGACAAUGAGUCAACCUUUGAGGCGAGGUGUACGGGCUGUGUCCUGGACCCGAGUCCUCCCUCCGCGGGCGCGACAAGGGCAGACAAGAUGCCUUCAGAUUCGCGCCGCGGCCGCGGAACAGCCAUCUUCGGCCAACGGAAACAAUCUGCCUGUUGUCGGCACUCCUAGUUCAGCUGAGUCUGCCGAUGCGCGAUUCGACGUUAUCGGCGCUCCAUACUCCUUAUUGUCCGUCUCUCUAUCCGCUUCGCAGAAUCUCUUCACCCGACGAGGAACAUUGGUAGGACUGAGCGGGAAAGCCGAUAAUGUGGUUUCUACAUUGAGCGUUCUGGAGCCAUUCCGGAGAGCGGUUGUCGGUGUGCCAUUUCUCUAUCAGAAGGUCUCGUCGGCUAGCCCGGUAACUGCCUUGGUUUCUGUUCGGUCGCCUACCACGUCCUUCGCUGUUGUACACCUGGAUGGGUCCGUCGAUUGGAUGGUGGCGCAGAGACGUGCGUUGCUUGCCUGGACCGGCCGUUCCCUUUCUAUUAAGCCGACUAUCAACACAAGCCUGGUUUGUUAA